AUGCUAGCAAGAAAAACUGUAGCUACAGGUUCUUUGAGAAAAACGUUGAAUGAAAAACUUCAGUCCAGUCAAAAGAAAGCAGGCCCAGCAGUUGAGACUAACUCUAGCUCUGAAUCUAAUGAUUACAUCUCCACCAGUGAAGGAGAUGAACCUGGGUCUUCUGAACAGGCCAAAACUCAAGAAACCCAAAGAGAGGUAAAAUCUUGCUAUGUUUUUUCUGAUGUAGUUGAAAGGGAGGAAAAUCGAUUUGUUCUGAUAGGGGCUGCUAGAGAUGUAGGUGGGACUGAUUCUGGGAAAAUGAGGAAGAAAAAGAAGAAGGAACCUUUAGCCAUAUGUGGGGGUGGGGAAAAAGGAGUCUUGAAGUCAGGGGGAAGUGGUGAGGCUGCUGAGGUGUUAAUUAAUCUGAGUAAACAACAAGAUGAACCUGGUUCAUCUGAUGAAGAGAGUUUGGCUGACUUGUUGAAGAAAGUGGGGGCCAGCUAUGACCCAAAGAAACGCAAGGCUUCCUCACAAAAGACCCCUGCUGCAUCCAAACCAACCAAGAAAAGCAAACAAUCACCACCCAAGUCUACUCCUAGGAUUAGAGCUACUAGAAGUAGGGUCAGGGAAAGUGAAGUAGAAUUGAAGAAGGCUUUAGAAGAAAGCAAGAAAAAGAGGAAAGAGAAAGGGAAAGCAAAGAUAGGUGAAAGCUCGGAGGCUGUGGUUGAAGAGGAAGAAGAAGAGAUGGAACAGGAAUUCUGCCAAGAAGCCCUCCAAGCCAGUGCUGAACCUGUUCUUGCCAAGAGAACAAGGUCAGCUGCAAAAGGAAAACAAGUGAAAAUUGCUGAAGAAGAUGAUGAAUGGAGUGAGGAUGAAGGAGAUGAGUCAGAGAAGGAACAGGACAGAUAUGCCAUGUUUGGCAAGAGGAAAAUUCUGAAAGGGAGACUACUCAAGGACCUGGAGGAGCCAGGUAUGAUAAGGCUUCUGACUGCACUAGAAGCACAGGGCUGGAAGGACAUGGUUCUUCAUAUGGAUGGAAAAUUGGCCAGGAAUGAACUUGUAGAGUUUAUGGCAAAUGGGACAGUGAAGAAUGAGAUGGUGACUAGCACAGUGAGAGGUGUCAAAGUAAAGUUCAAUGCUGCAAAGCUGGGCAAGAUUCUAGACAUCCCUAGUGAGGGAUAUGAUGAUUAUACAAGGCAGAGGUGGCCUUGCCUGGAUGGGUUGCCUACUGAUCUUCAGAUCACAAGGAACUUUUGUGACACCACAACAGAUGAAGAGGAAAGAAGGCAUACAGCAAAUUAUAUGGAUCUGGUUCUUAUGCAAUGCCUGAAUGAAGGGAAGCAGAUCAACUGGCCUGCCUUUAUUGUAAAGCUGCUUGAAAGGGUACUCAAUGGCUCAAAAGCUCAUGCCAUUCCCUAUGGAUUUAUCUUGACAACUGUACUUGAAAGAUUGAAUGUUCCCCUGAAAAAGUGGAAAAUGGCUUCGAGCAAAGAGCAUUUUGGCAGCAAAACCCUUCAAGCUUGUGAUUAUAUGCUCAGUACAGCUCCAGUUGAACCUGGUUCUUCAGCAAAAACUCCUGUGAAUAGUAAGGUCAGAGCCUUAGUUCAGGAGGUUGGGGCAAAAGACGCUGAGAUAGCAAGGCUUCAGGCCAGAGCUGCUGAAUUGGAGGGAGAAAGGAAUGGGUUGAGAGCUGAACUUGCUAAGGAGAAGGAGAAAAAUGAAGGCAUGCUUCAACAGAUGCUCAAUCUGCUACAAACCCAACCCUCCAGCUCUUCUAAGCCUUAG